UGUGCAGUCUUCGGCUUCUAUUAUCUGCAUUCCUUUACUCUCGCCUUCUACAAGACAUGCCGCAACUGAAAACUUUAUUGGAAGAUUUUGUUGCUAGAUUUCUAUAAUUGUUUCUUAUCUACGACUCUCUCAAAAUUAAUCGCUUAUUCCUUUGCAUGAUUACCAAAAUGUUGCUUAUAUCCUCCUCUUCUACUGCUGCUUCUUUGUUGCAUAUUAACCAAUUCAAGCUUUGUUAUCCGAUACCUCAAACACAUUCUUCCUCACACCUAAGAAAUUUUGUUCCAUUUGGUUGUAGUACUAAAACCAUUUAUAUAAGUUUCUGUAACAAACCGCUUAAUAUUUCGAACUCUGUUGCGAGAGCUUCGACAUACUCAAAACACCAGUCGUUCACCGAAGGUGACACGAAAUCUUUCGAGUGGGAAGAUCACGAUGACAUUGAAGAUACGGGAUCGCCAUGGGAAGGGGCUAUUAUUUAUAAAAGAAACCCUUCUAUUACUCAUGUGGAAUAUUGCACAACCUUAGAGAGGCUUGGCUUAGGAAGGCUUUCUACUGAAACCUCAAAGUCUAAGGCUUCAGCAAUGGGGUUACGCGUCACAAAAUCUGUCAAAGAUUAUCCUCAUGGGACGCCUGUUCAGAUCUCGAUUGAUAUCACAAGGAAGAAGCAAAAGUUGAGGCUUGAUGGAAUCAUAAAAACUGUCAUCACCCUUGGCUGCAAUAGGUGUGGUGAACCAGCUGCUGAAAGUGUAUUCUCUAACUUCUCUGUCUUACUGACCGAACAACCUAUUGAGGAACCGGAUAUUAUUGACAUUGGAACAAUGUUUGGGACGGACAAACAUAAGUCAUCUACUGGAAACAUUGAGGAAGAUGAAGAUGAUGAUGAUUCAAUUGAUUGGGAUGAUCGGCUGUAUUUUCCUCUGGAAGAAAAAGAAAUUGAUAUUUCAAAGAAUAUAAGGGACACAGUGCAUUUGGAAAUUACUAUAAAUGCGAUUUGUGAUCCAAAGUGCAAGGGGAUAUGCCUCAAAUGUGGUACAAAUUUGAACACUAGUAUAUGUAAUUGUAGCAAAGAGCAAGUUCAAGAGCAAACUUAUGGUCCUCUUGGAAACUUAAGAAAACAAAUGGAACGAAAGUGAGGUUGUUGGAGUGUAAAAUAAGUCAUAAAUGCUUUCAAAUACAUUUGUGGUUCUGUAUUUUACCUGUUUUCUUUUAAAUUUUUUAUUAACAUAUUAUUGUAAUAGAUAUAAUAUGUUGAAGCUAGAUAACAUAUUAUAGAACAAUUAACGG